GCACCUUCGCAUAUUUUUCUGUCUGAGGCCGCCACACAUACAGAGGCACAAACAUACACUCAAAGGCACGCACACAAGAACACAGACACACAAACAUACGCAGACAUUCAAACAGAGACACACACACAAAAACGCAGGUUUGGAGCGGUUAGCACGCAUGAACCCCAACAACGAGGAGUACCAGUACAAUGUCUGCUAUGUUUACGUUGGCCUCACGAUCGAUGAGGCGAGGCAGGUUGCCCACAGGCAUAAUCUUGCGGCGGGUUACCACACGGACCUGAGCUUCAUCGAGAAGCUCAGGUGUUGGCGCCAAGUCUUUGAGAGCAAGGGGUGCGUCAAGUCGCAAGAAGUGAAGCUCGCUUGCCUGAAAGAAGCAGGGAUUCCGAACGCGGUGAAGAAAUUGAAUGCCCAAGACCCGUUGCUGAAGUGUGCUUUCAAACCCCAAGAGAUUUGGGAGCUCAUGUGUAAGAUCAUGAGCAUGUGGCAGAAGGGCGAGGUCAAAGGGCAAAAAUUGAAGCCGACUGCGAGGAGGUUCUUGAAAGCGGACCAGGAUCUGGAAACGAGGGAGUCCGAGGACGCGAAGAAAAACCAGCAUGGGAAGAGGCUUGAUAGGGCGGCUGCGAAGGAACAAGAAAUGACGCUUCUUUAUCCUCGGGUGCAACCGCAGGGUAACAAGGUCCCCAUGGUUGCCGAGGACAUGCCAGCGCAACACUGGAUAGCCAUGGGUAGUAUGGCUCCGGAGAACGCCGUCCCUAUCCUCCUUGAGGUCAUUGUGAAGCAGAUCUCGCUCAAGGAGAUGGAGGAGAAGUUCCAGCUUGUUAAGCAAAUCGCCUACGUCUGCAAGGCAUUUGCAGUGGGGGUGGGUGUUGCUGACUUCAAGGAGGCCGAGAAGGAGUAUCCUCUCCACACGAAGAAAGAGAUUUUAGAGAAGUUCCUUGGUGGCAUCAGAAGGGGUCAGACGAGUAUUCCCGCACUGGAUGGUCAUAUUAAACGGACUACUGAAUGGAAGAACAAGGAGAGGAGACUGGCAAGCAAAGAAGCCUAUUCACACGUUCCGUUCGAAACCUCUCGUGGAACCGUUCGUCGAUUGGACGGAGGUGGCACACGACAACGACUCGGCGGAAGUGAAAAUUAUCAAUGGCAACAUGCUCUUGUUGUCGAAGCUGCAAACAGAAAAGUUGCUGAUAUCUCUGGCUAUUUUCGACUUCCCUUACGGGUUCGCGCACGAGGCCAUGCAUCUGAUGAUAAGCCGUUUCCGGAGUCGGACGUUGCGGAGGUUCUUCACAAUCUGAAGGAUGUUUCCAGUGCCCCGUUGUGGACAGUUGCGGGAUUCUGUUCUGUGGACAUGCUUCCUUCCAUCCGCUCCGCGUUCAGGGAGGUUUGCAAUGCAGGGCAGAAGCUUUUGACGUGGUGCAAGCCUAAUGUGAUGAAUCCGGGUGGGCCCCGGCUUGUGAGUGUGACCAAAUUCUGUGUGCUGGGCUAUUACAGUGAGAGUGGGCAGCGCGAGAUGGCGCAUUACAAUUUUGAUCCCACUGAUAUGCGUCACAAUUUCCAGCUCUUCAAUGCUGUGACGCAGAAGUACCAGCACCCUGGUGGCAGUGUUCUCUGCCCGUACCAGAAGCCGUAUACUUUGUACUCCUGGCUUGUGAACAAAUUCUCUCCCGCAGGGGCCUACGUUCUGGAUGGUUUCUCCGGUUCCGGCACAGGCGCCAUAGCGUGCGUCAAGGCAAAUCGGAAUUGCCUUGUGGUGGAGAUAAACCAAGUGCGCUAAGGGCAUCGCCACGAGGCUUCUGACGGACAUCGGCGGCAGACUUGCGCGCGAAACGCCAAAGCGAAAAGAAACGGUCGCACAAGGCAGCCCGACCUCUAAGUUGUCUGAGGAUACGAAGUCUGCCGAAAAUGAACUCGUGCCCGACGA